UAAAGUUUCUAUCAUCUAUGUGUUGUAUAUACAGCUUAGUUAAAUAGUAUUAAUACUAAUAGUUUACUAUGUAGACAUUUCUUACUUUUUACUUUCGUGAAUUCGUAAUUUCAGAACAUUUACGAUCCGAAGACUUAUCAGACGUACUGAAAUAGUGUCUACAAUUGUAUAGGUUUUCAAGUGUUUUAGACAUGUCAACGUCCGAAACUACUAACGGACAAGUGGCUACUGCUCCGGUGGCACCGGCUGUUGAUGCUCCGCCAGAGUCGAGUGUUUCAGAAUCUCAGAAGGUAACUUCCUCCGAGAGUAAUGCUAAAAGGCUGAAAAAUCCCAAGCACAAUGCACCCAUGCGCCAAUAUUUAGACCAAACUGUAGUACCAGCAUUGUUAGUAGGCAUGAAGGAGUUAGUCAAGGAAAGACCUCCUGAUCCAUUGGGUUUUCUAGCUGCAUUUUUAUUGAAGUAUAAAAAGGAACAUGUUGACAAAGACUCAAUUUCAGAAACAUAAACAAUUUCAUUUUCUUCUUCAAAAAAAAAAUAAUUAAAAAUAAUAAUUAAUAAUUAGACAUAUAUUAUAAU